CGAAUGUUGGUUAUAAAACGAUCUGGUUGGCUCAAAAGCUGUUACAGUUCUGUCGGACAGAUCAUCGCUGCAAGUUGCCCAAUCACAAUGUCUUUGAAGCUGUUUUCGUGCCUCUUUGUGUUGGCCUUGGCUGCCAUCGCCUGCGAAGGACAGACCCAGUACAAUCCCUACCUGAGAAAUCCCUACUAUCGAGACCUGUACUACCGGAACAGGGAUCUGUACAACCUGCGCCGCUUCUACGAUGGCUUCUACAAGAAGUACAAUCCCUACAUCGCUGCCGCCCAGGCCAGGAUCGUGGAGCAAACCAACCAUGUGAACUACGGAGCUGGAAACUACGCCUACAGCUAUGAGACGGAGAACGGUAUUCACGGAGAGGAGAAGGGUGUUCCGGUGAGCACUGGAAACCGCGAGGAGCAGGAAGAGCAGGUGGAGGGAGCCUACUCCUUCAUCACUCCCGAGGGUCUGCGGGUGGGAGUCAAGUACCUGGCCGAUGCCAACGGUUUCCGUCCAGUAAUCACAUAUGAUGGUGUUAACUCAGCUUUUUAUGCCGGACAGCCUGCUCCAGCCAACGUGGUCAUAACUAAGCACUAGUAAACGCUGCUCCUAAGACUAGUUAGUUGAAGUAAGAAACACAUGGUCAGCCUUCUUUCAUAAUUUUACAAUAAAUAAAAUCUAUAAAAAAUA